CAUAAGUAUUGGAUCUUGGAAUUGAAUUAUAAAAGUCAUUAACUCAUCCUACUAUUCGUCGUCUCUUCACUUCCAACAAAACAUGAACACUUAGCAGCCACAGAGUCCAAAAUCUACUCAAUUACACAACAAUUACUGAUGGUGAUGAUUAAUACAGAAACCAGAUCUGUGCCUAAUCAUGUUACGAGGUUAUGCAGACAUCAUCAAUACUAUAAAAUGAACAUUAAUUUUCAAAUGAAACAACCUCAAAUGAUUGGAUCUAUAGAGCAAACAUUGUCUUCAUCCUCUCUCACUCUCAUCUUAAGUGGAGUAAAAUGCUCAUGGACGACGAUACUAUAACUAGCAAUGGCACCGGAGAGCCAAGAAAACCUGGGGGUAAAAACAGAGCAAUGGCAGUUUGUUUCAUUCUUGGACUUGGUUCUCUAGUUUCAUGGAACAGUAUUUUAACCAUAGGAGAUUACUAUUACCAAUUGUUCCCAAAAUAUCAUCCUUCAAGAGUACUUACCUUGGUUUAUCAACCAUUUGCAAUUGGAACAUUGAUAGUAAUGACACACUAUGAGUCCAAGAUCAAUACUCGACUCCGGAACGUGGUUGGAUUCAUACUCUUCUUUGUCGCCACUUUCUUGAUUCUCAUCUUGGAUCUUGCAACAUCAGGCAAAGGUGGAAUUGGACCUUAUCUUGUUAUAUGUUUUCUAUCGGCUUGUUUCGGAGUUGCUGAUGCUUUUGUCGAAGGUGGUAUGGUUGGAGAUCUCUAUUUUAUGUGUCCGGAGUUCGUGCAGUCUUACCUUGCUGGUUUGGCAGCAUCAGGUGCUCUAAUUUCAUUACUCCGAGUGCUAACUAAGCUAGCUUUCGAAAAAUCUAGCAAUGGACUUCGCAAAGGAGCGAUACUAUUCUUUGCGAUCUCAACAUUAAUCGAGUUUCUAUGUAUUUUUCUCUAUGCAAUCUACUUCACCAAAUUACCUAUAGUUAAAUAUUAUCGCGCGAAAGCGGCCUCAGAGGGAUCGAAAACUGUUGCAGCCGACUUAGCAGCUGCAGGCAUUAAAACAAAGACUAAUGAUCAAGCCGAACACGACGAUAAACAAGUGGACCGGCUUAGCAACAAACAACUAUUUCUCGCAAACAUUGAUUAUGCAGCUGAUUUGUUUCUCAUAUACGUCAUAACACUAUCGAUCUUCCCCGGAUUUUUAUACGAAAACACUGGAGAACAUCAAUUAGGCACAUGGUAUCCAAUUGUUUUGAUUGUUAUGUAUAAUGUAUUGGAUUUGAUAGCAAGAUACAUUCCACUUGUGCAAUGGUUGAAGUUAGAAUCAAGAAAGGGUUUACUAAUAGCAAUCCUUUCGAGAUUCUUGUUGAUUCCGGCAUUUUAUUUCACCGCAAAAUAUGGCGAUCAAGGAUGGAUGAUAUUUCUCACCUCAUUCUUAGGACUCACAAACGGUUAUUUAACCGUUUGUGUUUUCACACUUGCACCAAGAGGUUACAAGGCUCCUGAGCAAAAUGCUUUGGGGAAUAUGCUGGUGAUUUGUCUUUUAUGUGGAAUAUUUGCUGGUGGUACUCUUGGCUGGUUGUGGAUCAUAGGCAAAGAUUCUUUCUAAACAAAAUGUUUAAAUUACAGUUUUUUUUAUUGAUUUAGAUUUAAUUAGUAUGAACUUUCUCUGUAAAGUUUUUUUAUGGUAUUAAAAAAAUCAUUAUUGUUAGAUUAUUAUUAA